UCUCCCUCUCUCUCUCUCUCUCUCUCUCUCGCUAUACCCUCUCUUCAUUUCUUACGUUAACAGCGUUCAAAUAGAGAGACAAAAAGAGUGAAAAGCAGGACCGGGAGAGAGAGCGUGGGAGAGAUAGGCAUGGUUUCAACGAGGCGAAGUGGAUCUAUCUCUGGUAACAACAACAGCAAGAGAUCAUCUUCCUCCGAAGAUAAACCUCCCUCACCUAAGCGUCAAAAGGGUGAUAAUGGCGGUGCCUUGGAGAAACCGACUACAGCCGUGGCUGAGAAUUCUAAGGAAUCUUGUGGGCCUGCGACAUCGGAAAAUGCUCCGACCUCCGGUGACGCCGUCAGCCCUGGGAAGGGCGAGGCCGCCCCUGUGGCGGCGCCGAUCGCUCAGGGGGCUACGCCGGCUGUGAUGGUGGAUAAGCAGAAGAGUUCGUUCUCUUCGUGGAGUGUAUACCAGAAGCGGAACAACCCGGCGACGAACUUCGAGAACUCGAUUCCGUGGUGCAUGCUUCUAUCACAGUCUGCUCAGAAUCGAAAUGUUCCCAUCAACACCGAGACCUUUGUGAUUGGUUCAAGUAGAAACUGCCAUUUUCCUUUGAAGGAUCAGAGUGUUAACGGGAAUCUAUGCAGAAUCAAGCACACGCAGGGUGACGGCAGUGAUGUAGCCGUGCUAGAUAUUCUAGGGAGCAAGGGAACAGUGCAAGUGAAUGGGACAACUCUCAAGAAGGGUGGUGGCAGCUGUGUGUUGAACUCGGGUGAUGAGUUGGUAUUUGGAGCAAACCAUGCUUACGUCUUUCAGCAUCUGAUAAAUGAGAUUUCAGUCAAAGGUGCAGAGGUUCAAAGUGGUAUUGGCAAGUUUCUGCACCUUGAAAGGAGGGCAGGGGAUGCUUCAGCUGUGGCUGGAGCUUCCAUACUGGCCUCUCUUUCUAGCAUGAGACGGGAUCUUUCUCGUUGGAAGUCUCCAACUCAGACCACCAACAAAGUCCACCAGGGUCGUCAGAAUCCUCCUCAUUCUCUUGUUCAUGAUGGCACGGAAGUUGAGCUUGAUCUGGAAUGCAACUCGGCACCAAACGUCGAGAGUGAUAAAGCUGCAGAAGUUGGAACAAUAGAGAAGAGCACUCUUCAUGAUUGCAACCCAGACUCUGGCAUAGAGGCAGGCAAUGUAAAACUCUUUGGGGUGAAUGAUUUGCUAAGGCCUUUGUUCAGGAUGUUAGCUCAAUCAUCUAAUUGUACACUGAAAUUGAGCAAAAGUAUCUGUAAACAGGUUUUGGAAGAAAGAAACGAUUGGAUGAGGGAUUUGCAGCCAGCAUCAACAUCGGGUAUGUCUCUGCGGUGUGCAGUAUUUCGAGAAGACGUUCGUGCAGGAAUUAUUGAUGGCAGACACAUAGAUGUUUCAUUUGAUAAUUUCCCUUACUAUUUGAGCGAGAACACAAAAAAUGUGCUGAUUUCAGCUUCAUUUAUACACUUGAAGCAUAAAGAACAUGCAAAGUACACCUCAGAGCUUACUACUGUGAACCCUCGAAUUUUGCUUUCUGGUCCAGCAGGGUCUGAAAUAUAUCAAGAGAUGUUGGCAAAGGCACUUGCUAACUACUUUGGGGCUAAAUUGCUCAUAUUUGAUAGCCAUUCAUUUUUGGGUGGUUUGUCAUCAAAGGAAGCAGAGCUGCUGAAGGAUGGAUAUAAUGCAGAAAAGUCCUGUAACAGCCCCAAACAAAGUCCUUCAACCAUGGACUUGGCUAGGAGCAUGGAUCAUCCGUCAGCUGGUGAAGCGGAUCCACCCAGCUCUUCAAAUGCACCUUCUUCUUAUGGCCUAGACUCUCAACCUAAUAUAGAGACUGAAACUGUGCCCUCUACCUCUGGGACAUCCAAAAAUUACUUGUUUAAAAUAGGUGAUAGAGUAAGAUUUAAUGGUUCGACUUUGGGUGGCUCAUGUCCAGCAGCAUCCCCUUCACGGGGGCCACCUAGUGGAAGCCGUGGGAAGGUGGCAUUAGUUUUUGAGGAGAAUCCAUUGUCAAAAGUUGGUGUAAGGUUUGAUAAAGCCAUAGAAGAUGGGGUUGAUCUGGGGGGUCGCUGUGAGGAAGGCCAUGGAUUCUUCUGCAAUGUUACGGAUCUUCGUUUGGAUAGCACGAGCGUCGAAGAAUUGGAUAAGUUACUUAUUAAUACUUUGUUUGAGGUUGUGACCAGUGAAAGUAGAAGCACACCUUUCAUUCUAUUUAUGAAAGACGCUGAGAAGUCAAUUGUCGGAAAUGUAGACUCAUUGUCUACAUUCAAAAGCAAAAUUGAAAAGCUUUGCGAUAACGUGGUCGUAAUCGUUUUGCACACUCACUCUGAUAAUCGCAAAGAGAAGUCACAUCCUGGUGGUCUGCUUUUUACAAAAUUUGGCAGCAAUCAAACCGCACUUCUUGACUUGGCUUUCCCGGAUAGUUUUGGAAGGCUGCAUGAGAGGGGUAAGGAAGUCCCGAAGUCGACAAAAGUUUUGACUAAACUUUUUCCCAAUAAAGUAAUCAUACACAUGCCACAGGAUGAAGAGCUUCUUGCAUCAUGGAAGCAGCAAUUGGAUCAAGAUGCAGAAACCCUCAAAAUGAAAGGAAAUCUGAAUUACUUGCGCACUGUUCUUGGACGGAAUGGUAUGGAAUGUGAAGGAAUUGAGGCAUUAUGCAUUAAGGACCAAAUGCUCACAAAUGAAAGUGCAGAUAAGGUAGUUGGAUGGGCUUUAAGCCAUCAUCUAAUGCAUAAUCCUGAAGCUAAUCCUGAUGCUAGGCUUGUAUUGUCUAGUGAGAGUAUCCAGUAUGGAGUCAGAAUCUUACAGGCUAUCCACAAUGAAUCGAAGAGCUUAAAAAAGUCACUUAAGGAUGUUGCGACAGAAAAUGAAUUUGAGAAGAGGUUGCUAGCCGAUGUUAUUCCACCCACUGACAUUGGAGUGACUUUUGAUGAUAUUGGGGCUCUUGAAAAUGUAAAGGAUACAUUGAAGGAGUUGGUGAUGCUUCCUUUGCAAAGGCCUGAACUUUUUUGCAAGGGCCAAUUAACUAAGCCUUGCAAGGGCAUAUUAUUAUUUGGUCCCCCUGGAACAGGUAAGACAAUGCUUGCGAAAGCUGUGGCUACUGACGCUGGUGCAAACUUCAUUAACAUCUCCAUGUCAAGCAUCACGUCCAAGUGGUUUGGUGAGGGUGAGAAGUAUGUGAAGGCUGUAUUCUCACUUGCCAGUAAAAUUGCCCCAAGUGUUGUAUUUGUUGAUGAAGUUGACAGCAUGUUGGGCCGAAGGGAAAAUCCAGGAGAGCAUGAGGCCAUGCGAAAGAUGAAAAAUGAAUUUAUGGUGAACUGGGAUGGCUUGCGAACAAAAGACACAGAGCGGGUUCUAGUACUUGCAGCGACAAAUAGACCUUUUGACCUUGAUGAGGCAGUCAUUCGAAGGCUUCCCCGCAGAUUGAUGGUAAAUUUGCCAGAUUCUGCAAAUAGAGCAAAGAUACUAAAAGUUAUACUGGCCAAAGAGGACUUGGCUCCUAACAUUGAUUUUGAUGCGAUUGCAAAUAUGACAGAUGGAUAUUCUGGCAGUGACCUGAAGAAUCUAUGUGUAACUGCUGCACACCGUCCAAUUAAAGAGAUAUUGGGAAAGGAAAAAACGGAGGGUGCUGCAGCUCUAGCAGAAGGUAGACCUGCUCCAGCUUUGAGUGGUAGUGCAGAUAUAAGGCCUUUAAACAUGGAUGACUUUAAAUAUGCUCAUGAACGGGUAUGUGCAAGUGUUUCCUCCGAGUCCGUGAACAUGACUGAGCUUUUACAAUGGAAUGAACUUUAUGGCGAAGGGGGUUCUAGAAGAAGAACGGCUCUCAGCUACUUCAUGUGAGGCCUUUCCUGCACAUAUGGUUCUUUCUUCCUUAGAAUUCUGUACUCCUGGGUUCUAAGCCCGUGUUUCAAUGAAUUUUGCUCUUCAAAAGGGCUUUCUGGGGAGCCAUUUUGUCUGUAAAAUUAAGUAUAGUCUUUGUAAGUUAUUAUUUCCCCUCGAGUUAGAUAUGUGAAGGUGGGAAUAAAGUGAGUGAAGCCUCUUCCAAAUUCUUGGCUUGGCUCCACUGCUUUUGUUUUGUUCCCCAUCCCCUUGUUGCCAACAUAAAGAACUUCUCUUUCAAAUGUAUAAGCAAGAAGAAGAAUGAGAACUAAGAUUAGAAAGAA